ACGAAGGCACGUAUUUGGACGAGUUUCAAGAAUGUCUUGACGACUGUCAGGAUUUGAUUGGUGUUGAGAUUUGCCUCGACGAAGACAAUUCGUUCACCCACUCGUCGUACGACUCAACAAUUGAGGACGUUUGCGAAAGAGAUAACGAUACUCCUUGUCAAGAGAGCAGACAUUUUUUAAAUCGAAUUAGCUUUAACGAGUGCGCGGAUAGUGAAUUAAAAAUAGCACGGCCAACUGAUAAACUCCAUCGUGCAUUAAAGUGCAAUAGUUCAAAAGAAUAUUGCUUCCUAGGUGAUAGUUGUAAUUUUAAGGCCGAUCAGAAAACUCAAAUUUGUUUACUAAGUAACGUAACGGUUCCAAAUUCUAAAACGAAAAUUGUACAAAACCACCCCAACGUGUUACUGGCCGCAUCCGAAAUCGCAUCGGAAAGCGAACGAAUGUCCUCGAUAUCUCCACAACCGGAUGACACCGAUAAAGAAGGAUAUGACACUUGUAUCGAUGACUCUACAUCCGACGACAUUAUUAACAACAAACAAACGACAAACAAUAUGCAACAAAUCGAUCCUUCAUCUGUUCCGUCAGUUCGUUCGGAUCCAGGAAUGCGUCCAUGUAAAACAUAUCUCAACAACCGUAACAAUAAUAAUCAACUGCUACCAUUGAACACGAAAUUCGAAAACGAUUUAAAUUCUUACAACGAGGCGCUAAACGCUUUCGGAUCGGACGAUUUUUUUUUAAUGGAAUUCAUCGACGAAGAUAAACCACUCAUUAGCAAUAAUACGUUCAAGUACAAAAGCGAGCCAACCCUAAAUCAACUCGGUUGGUUCCGUGAAAACAAAAACAAAAAGCACAUAAAAAUAAAUGAAUAUUACAACGAUUAUGCAGAUUGUUUGGACGCGUACUUUUUACAUUCGAAAAGUAAUAAUAACGAUAAAGUGAAAAACGAUAACUUAGUUCGAGAAUCAAAAGACGACUCCAACAUAAAAUCAUUGUCAAAUUCGAAAGAUUCUACCAUUAGUAUUAGAGAAAUAACAAAUAGAAAUGGUAACUUUUAUAUCGAAAAUGUUUCGGACGAUUUCGUCAAUAACAAAUUAACGAUAAAACACAAAUUUAAAAGUGCCUCGAUUACCCACUGUAGUUGCAAUGGAAAAUACGAAAAGGAAAAACAUCAACGAAGGCAUUCGUUACAAACAGUUAAUCCAAAACAAAUAAUCUUCUGCAAGAGAUCGUCCAUCCUCGCUUACUUAAGUCAACAAAUUUUACUAUCGAGGCAGCCUCUGCCAAAAACGGUAUCAGGAUCAAGAGAAGUAAUUAGUGGAGAUUUGAUGAGGGAAAGAUCUGAGGAAAUGCUGGAAAAACAUUGGGGUCCUACAAGGCAUGUAAAAGUCUAUAGAGAGAACAACCAAAGUUUGGGAAUAAGCAUCGUGGGAGGCAAAGUAGAUCUGAAUGCCUCCCAAGAAUCCGGCAAUUCGGUAAUGGGCAUUUUUAUAAAAAAUGUGGUACCAAACAGUCCAGCUGGGAGAACAGGUGAAUUUAAGACUGGCGACAGGAUAUUAGAUGUGAGCGGAAUAGACUUGAGAAGAGCCAGUCACGAAAAGGCUAUAGAAGCGAUAAAAAACGCUCCCAAUCCCCUAACAUUUGUUCUUCAAUCUUUGGUACCUUUGAGGGCGAAUCGGACCGAAAAUACAUUCUUAGAUAAAAAUAACAGUAGUCGUGAAGAACAACACAAUCACAUAGAAUCCGAAAAACAAGAAGCGAAGCCUAAGAAGUCGGUAAAAUAUAAAGAUCGAAUAAAUGAAGAAAAAAACGCGAUUAGCCGCGAAUCAGUUCGACGAGGAGCAGGUGGGUCAUUUAAAAACAGGGUAACAGAAUUAAAAUCUUCAAUGAAGAAAAGAGACCAUGAAGAAACGAACAACAAUGUCGCAGAAGAAACGUCCGAAGUCGCUACUACAAAUACUAAUAAACUUGAAUCACCUAGCGAUAGUGACGAUGAAGAAGACGUACGUGAAUUAGAAGGUCGUACUGUUAGUGCAAAAGGACAGGAGAUCGACAGGGCAAGCGCAGCCAACAUAAAAAGGACCAAAGAAGAAAUAGCUGCUGAUACCGAAGAAGAGGAUGACUUUGGAUACACAACAAGNCAUCCUCACUUAUCUGACUUCCUAGUAACCGGCCAAGUGACAACGCUAAGUUUCGAGAGAUUUUUACGGGGGCCCAAAUAUGAACAAUUGCAAGAAAUUAUCAGAGCCAGUGAGUUUUGCACCCCAUCUUCGAUAUCAACUUUACCCUCGUCCAAAAACAACAACAAAACUGAUCCCCUUAACCCGCAUCAAUCUGUAAUUGUGAUAAGGUCUUUGGUUCCCGGAGGAGUGGCUCAAGCUGACGGCAGAUUAAAACCUGGAGACAGGUUGCUGUCAGUAAAUGACGUGAACUUAAAAAAUGCCAGCUUAGAAAGGGCCGUUCAAGUUCUUAAAAGUGCGCCAACAGGACCAGUCAAUAUUACCGUUGCCAAACCGAUUCCGUCCACCGACACAUCCUUUUCAAGUCAAGAAUCCGAAAAACAAGAAGCGAAGCCUAAGAAGUCGGUAAAAUAUAAAGAUCGAAUAAAUGAAGAAAAAAACGCGAUUAGCCGCGAAUCAGUUCGACGAGGAGCAGGUGGGUCAUUUAAAAACAGGGUAACAGAAUUAAAAUCUUCAAUGAAGAAAAGAGACCAUGAAGAAACGAACAACAAUGUCGCAGAAGAAACGUCCGAAGUCGCUACUACAAAUACUAAUAAACUUGAAUCACCUAGCGAUAGUGACGAUGAAGAAGACGUACGUGAAUUAGAAGGUCGUACUGUUAGUGCAAAAGGACAGGAGAUCGACAGGGCAAGCGCAGCCAACAUAAAAAGGACCAAAGAAGAAAUAGCUGCUGAUACCGAAGAAGAGGAUGACUUUGGAUACACAACAAAGAAGGUUUUAAAAAAAUAUGCCAAUUUGGGUAACAAGGUACUUAUUGUACAACUGGAACGAACCCAGCAAGGAUUAGGAAUAAGUCUGGCAGGACAUAAAAACAGAAGCUGCAUGGCAGUUUUUGUUUGUGGCCUCAAUCCAAGCGGCGCAGCUUUUCGUACCGGCGAAAUACAAGUCGGUGAUGAAAUUUUAGAGCAGGUAGAUCUGAAUGCCUCCCAAGAAUCCGGCAAUUCGGUAAUGGGCAUUUUUAUAAAAAAUGUGGUACCAAACAGUCCAGCUGGGAGAACAGGUGAAUUUAAGACUGGCGACAGGAUAUUAGAUGUGAGCGGAAUAGACUUGAGAAGAGCCAGUCACGAAAAGGCUAUAGAAGCGAUAAAAAACGCUCCCAAUCCCCUAACAUUUGUUCUUCAAUCUUUGGUACCUUUGAGGGCGAAUCGGACCGAAAAUACAUUCUUAGAUAAAAAUAACAGUAGUCGUGAAGAACAACACAAUCACAUAGAAUCCGAAAAACAAGAAGCGAAGCCUAAGAAGUCGGUAAAAUAUAAAGAUCGAAUAAAUGAAGAAAAAAACGCGAUUAGCCGCGAAUCAGUUCGACGAGGAGCAGGUGGGUCAUUUAAAAACAGGGUAACAGAAUUAAAAUCUUCAAUGAAGAAAAGAGACCAUGAAGAAACGAACAACAAUGUCGCAGAAGAAACGUCCGAAGUCGCUACUACAAAUACUAAUAAACUUGAAUCACCUAGCGAUAGUGACGAUGAAGAAGACGUACGUGAAUUAGAAGGUCGUACUGUUAGUGCAAAAGGACAGGAGAUCGACAGGGCAAGCGCAGCCAACAUAAAAAGGACCAAAGAAGAAAUAGCUGCUGAUACCGAAGAAGAGGAUGACUUUGGAUACACAACAAAGAAGGUUUUAAAAAAAUAUGCCAAUUUGGGUAACAAGGUACUUAUUGUACAACUGGAACGAACCCAGCAAGGAUUAGGAAUAAGUCUGGCAGGACAUAAAAACAGAAGCUGCAUGGCAGUUUUUGUUUGUGGCCUCAAUCCAAGCGGCGCAGCUUUUCGUACCGGCGAAAUACAAGUCGGUGAUGAAAUUUUAGAGGUAAAUGGCACAGUGCUUCACGGACGAUGCCAUCUGAAUGCUUCAGCUAUAAUCAAAGGACUAUCAGGACCGGUAUUUAAAAUAUUGGUUCUCAGACGAAAGCAAGCAGUAGAGGAUAUAGCAGUACGACCAAUAACGCAAUUUCCCGUCACAUUAGAAGAUGAAACUCCCGAAGAAAAAUAUGCUAAUUUCCCUAAUAUUCGGGUCAUUAGUAUAAAAAAGGGCACCCAAAGCUUAGGGAUAAUGAUAAUCGAGGGCAAACAUUCAGACGUUGGACAAGGAAUUUUUAUAUCCGAUAUCCAAGAAGGGAGUGCAGCCGAAAAAGCUGGACUUGAAAUUGGCGAAAUGAUUCUAGCGGUCAACAAAGAUACACUGGUUGGCUCAAAUUAUAAUGCAGCUGCAACUUUAUUGAAGCAAACAGAAGGUGUUGUGACUUUGGUUGUGUCCAACCCCAGUAAAAAACAAGAAGACGGUGCUCCAAAAGGAAACGUUGAGGACGCCGCAAAACAGAAACCUGCCGAGCCUGAACCUCCGGCGGACCCCGCAACCUGUCCUGUAAAACCUGGCAAAGAAGUUACUAUUGAAAUAAAUGCCGAAAAUAAAGCUCUAGGAUUGUCUUUCGUUGGAGGAACUGAUACUCAAACUACAAACGCUAUCGUGUUGGUGGAUGUUUACAAAGGCGGUGCUGCUGCAAAAGAUGCAAGACUGCAACCNUUUUAG